AUGCUGCGGUUCCAACUCCAGGUCGCUGUUGCGCUUGCAAUCGCGGCGGUUGGAAGCGUCGGUUUCCUCGCUUUCUACGGUGUCGGGAACAAGGAAGGGCAAAUCAAGCUGCCCGUAUAUUCUGACGAGCAAGAGGAUGGAACACCGGAUCCCUUCAAUGUGACGAAGCCAGAGGAUGCAAUAGACGGCUACCCGGUUAAUGAGCAGGAAUUCUGGCACAGGAUGCGGUUAAGGAAGCUACUGCUUUCUGUGAACCUGGCGAUCAUCCUUGCGAUAGAGGCAGUAGGGCUAGGCUACGCGGUAACAGCAGGAACAUCCCAGGACGUGCUUAUUUCCACCCUACACGUUCUCUUUGCGCUCUAUUGCUCUAUUCUCGCAGCCUUCUCCGUCAACAAGGACUCCAUGUCCUCGCAUUCGACAUUGAUCCUGCAUCUUGCGGUCUUGACGACUCUAGCGACGGCGUUUCUCGGGACAACAGCGAUCCUGCCGUCGUAUCCCCCUCCCGCGGGGAGCUUCUCGUUGUCUGACUAUUCGGGUUUAGGUCUUUGGUAUGCCGCCCUAGUCCUGUACAUCGCGAGCUGUGUGAACACCAUGACUACCCCAUGGGGCCCAAAUUUGCACUAUCCCCCAGAGCACAUAUACUCUGAGAAGGUCGUCGAGGCGAUAACGUCUCGCUACGAAGAUAACGUCUGCGGAGUUGUCGGGGCAUCUAUUUGGGACACCCUCCUGUUCUCCUACACGACCAAGGUCGUCAUGCUCGGCAACGUCUCCGAAAGCCUGGACAUUGGCGACCUGCCCAUCGUCCCCGCCGACAUGCGCGCCGUGAACCUCUUCGCACGCAUGCGCGCCACCCUCCGCGCGGUGAAGCUGCGCAUCGGCAAGUGGACGCCUAAGCCGGGCUCGGGGUGGGAGCUGGGCUACCGCCUGCUCCGCGUUAACGCGGGGCCUCUGGCGCUGCAGAUCUCCCUGGCGGCGAUAUCCGCGUGUCUGUUCUACGCGCCGGCGUAUUUCCUCAGGAAGCUCGUGAAUUACCUAGAGGUGGACCCCGAGCGCCAGAAUAGAGGGUGGGGUUUCGCGUAUUGUGCCGGGUUGUCCUUCGUGACCGCUAUCCUGUAUAUUAUGACGGGCCAACUGUGGUCGAUAUCUACUACCACGCUGCAAGUCAGCAUUCGCGUUCAGCUGAACUCCAUCUUGUUCGCGAAGACGCUCGUGCGGAAGGACGUCGUUUCCUCGUCGGGCUCCUCGCCCAGUGAAGACAGCGAUACUAAAAAGAAGGCUGACCCGUCCCGAGACGGUGACGAUGGCGCCGGUCAAAAGCAGGGGGAGGAAGAGGCUGAGUUUUCCAGUAAGGCCCAGGUUAUGACUCUCAUGACCACAGACGUCGAUCGUGUGAGCGAGUUGGCGUUGCAUUUGUUCACCCUCGUAGACUCGCCCGUUGAGAUUGUCAUCGGAACGCUUUUCUUGUAUAACCUUCUCGGCGUGUCAUGUUUCGUCGGCCUUGCUGUAACCUGUUUAUUCCUGCCCAUGAAUCAUUUUGCGGGGAAGAUAGUCGUGAAUGCUCAGGAUAACAUAAUGAAGACUCGGGACGAGCGUGUAGCGCUGAUGAACGAGAUCUUGGGCGCGAUUCGAAUGUUGAAGUUCAUGGCUUGGGAGCGAAGCUUCGAAGAACGGGUCAUGAAAAUCCGAGCGAAGGAACUCAAAUAUCAAAAGUUGAACUAUACCAUAGAAACUCUCUUCAAUGCUAUCUGGAAUGGAUCACCUAUAUUGGUAACGCUGGUGUCGUUCUGGCACUUCGCUGUUAUAAGGCAGCAGACUCUGACGCCUUCCAUCGCGUUCACGUCGGUAGUCUUAUCGGAGUUGAAGUUUGCGCUCAACGCUCUUCCGGAAACAUUGAUCAGCCUGCUUCAGAGUGCCGUAUCCCUGCGCCGCAUCGAAAACUACCUCAACGGUGCCGAGGUAUCGUCCGUCCCUCCUCUAGAAACCGAGAACUAUGCCAUCGCAUUGCAGUCGGCUAGUGUUACUUGGCCGCAAGACCGCUCGCGUUCGUCGAACUGUCGUGUGUCUAUAGUGUCUACGCCGAAACAGAAGUUCGUCCUCUCGAAUUUGAGCAUGAACUUCCCCGUCGGCGAGCUGUCUCUCAUUUGUGGCAAGUUGGGAUCGGGCAAGACUCUGUUAUUGCUUUCAUUACUUGGCGAGGCUGACGUCGUCACGGGACAGCUACAUAGUCCUCGCUCACCACCUGAUGCUAUCGCAUCCUUCACGGGGGUUGUGCCGAGGGACGAAGAUUGGACAGUGCCAGGGGUUUGUGCGUAUGUCCCACAGUCUGCAUGGCUCAGGAACGCGUCGAUCAAGGAGAACAUCCUGUUCGGCCUCCCCUAUGUGGAGGAACGAUAUCAGAAGACUUUGGAGGUCUGCGCGCUGGUGAGCGAUCUGAAGAUCCUCGAAGAUGGUGACGAGGCCGAGAUUGGAGAGCGCGGCGUAAACUUGUCUGGCGGUCAGAAAGCGCGAGUGUCGCUGGCUCGGGCUGUCUAUUCCCGUGCUUCGAUCCUUCUGUUAGACGAUGUUCUCUCAGCCGUAGAUGCGCAUACGGCGCAUCACCUCUACCAUGAAUGUCUCACGGGCGAGCUGAUGCGAGGCAGGACUGUCAUCCUGGUCUCGCACCACGUGCAGCUAUGUGCACCAGGCGCUAGCUUCAUCGUCACAUUGGAUAACGGCCGGGUCCUGUACCAAGGGAAUUACGAGGACUUCAGGACGUCAGGAGCACUAAGCACUCUUGUACAGUCUAAUACGGCGGCUCCCUCGGAGGAUAAGGAAGAAGCAGCAGUCGCUACUAUCGAGGAAGAGAUAGAAGAGAAGCAUGCCCAGUCUAGAUUCCUGACGGAACUGACCUCUGAGACGAGUUCGAUGGCUGCUACGAAUACUGAAUCUGAAGGAAAAGUUGCGAAGAAGAAGUCUCCCCGAAAACUUGUGGAGGAAGAAAAGAGGGCCGUAGGACGGAUUGGAAGGAACAUAUGGGCUACGUAUGCGAAAGCAUGCGGUGAUCAUUGGUAUUGGAUCCUGUUCUGUCUGGCUUUACUCCUGGCCACCGUCAGUCCGGUCUUCGAGAACAGCUGGUUACAGAUCUGGUCCGGUACAGCGCAGAGCGGAGACGCCCGUAGCCCGGUCUUCUACAUCAGUGUAUAUGCCGCGGUCACGGCAGCUGGGCUUGUGCUGACAACUGUGAGGUGGUUUGUGCUGUAUCAUGGUUCCGUCCGCGCGUCUACUAUCUUGUAUAAGAGACUGCUGGAGGCUGUACUCUUCGCUGACAUUCGCUUCCACGACACCGUUUCUCGCGGUCGCUUACUCAAUAGAUUCGGGAAAGACUUCGAAAGCAUUGACAGCAGCCUGCCAGAUAACUUGGGGCAUAGUAUCAUGCAUGGCCUGAAUGUCCUGGCCACCCUGAUUACCCUCAGUGUGGUCGGAGGAGUGCCCUUCCUGGUUAGUGUCAUUAUCUUAGGGCUUGUAUACUACAGUGUUGCUAAGGUUUACAGUCAAACAUCCAGAGACAUGCGACGAUUAGACUCAGUCACACGAUCUCCGCUCUACUCCAUUUAUGGAGAAACCAUAUCGGGUGUAGCCAUUAUUCGUGCCUUCGGAGCCUCUUCUAAAUUCCUUCGAGACAUGCUGCGUUGUGUGGACACCAAUACGACCCCAUACUAUUGGAUGUCGGGAGUCAAUCGUUGGUUAUUGGCUCGGUACAAUUUGCUUUCCAGUGCCGUGGUCGGCAUCACAGCCUUAGUCGCAAUCCUGACGCCUCGAAUUGAUGCAUCGUUAGCGGGGUUCAUGCUAGCUUUUGCAUCCACUGUCACAACCGAUCUCCUACACUUGGUAAUACGGUUUGUCAGGGUAGAACAAUCUAUGGUUGCACUUGAGCGAGUAAAAGAGUACUCUGAGUUACCAUGUGAGCCUCCAGAAUUCAUUGAGCCUCGACCACCGCAAUCUUGGCCAUCUGCUGGUGAAAUCAAAGUUGACAAUCUGGUUAUUCGUUAUGCGCCUGACCUGCCCAAUGUUCUGCAUAAUCUCAAAUUUGAAAUCCAGCCGGGAGAAAAGAUUGGAAUCCUGGGCCGGACUGGCUCAGGUAAAAGUACACUGGCGUUAUCAUUUUUCCGCUUUGUGGAAGCUACAGAGGGGCAGAUCCUCAUUGACAAUCUUGACAUUUCUCAGAUUGGUUUAAGUGAUUUACGUAGUAGAUUGACAAUUAUUCCUCAGGAUCCUACCAUCUUGAGUGGAACACUGAGGUCAACACUUGAUGUUUCUGGGCAGUAUGAUGAUACCCAAAUUUAUGAGGCGUUACGCCGUGUGCAUCUCAUUCCAUCCAGUGAUACAAAGGAUAUCGAGUCUGUGAAUGUGAAUGUUUUCUGUGACUUAGAUUCUCCCGUCUCCGAGGGUGGUGAGAAUUUCUCAACUGGUGAAAAACAACUUCUAUGCAUGGCCCGGGCUAUCCUGAAGCAGACAAAAGUGUUGCUUAUGGAUGAGGCCACUGCCAGUGUUGACUAUGCAACGGAUGAGCUCAUCAGCAAGACAAUACGGCAUGAGUUCACCAAUGGCACUAUCCUGACCAUUGCUCAUAGGCUUCGGACAGUCAUUGACUAUGACAGAGUCAUGCUAUUAGAAGAGGGUCACAUUGUUGAAUUUGACACUCCAUCCACCCUGUUAUCCGAUUUGUCUUCAAAGUUUUAUGCUCUUUGCAAGGCCACUGGGAAGGAUGAGUUUGCAAUGCUUAACAAGCUUGCUGGGCUGUAGCAUCACCUGGAAUCCUUUGGAUCUGCUUUAUCCAGGGACUACUCAUCUGGAAAACAUAUGAUACAUUAUGUACCAUACAUGUGGUGAUACCAGUAUCUAUGACAGUGCUGUG